AUGGAUCUGGAGAGGUCGCCGCCGGCGUCUCCGGCGGAGGCGGCAGUGGCCGGCGGCGGGGGCGGGGCCGCGGCCUGCUCCAUCUGCCUGGAUCUGGUGCUCGCCCGCGGCGCCGGCCGGUCCGUCGCCAAGCUGCAAUGCGGACACGAGUUCCACCUAGAUUGUAUUGGGUCCGCAUUCAAUGCAAAAGGAGCGAUGCAAUGCCCUAAUUGUCGGAAGAUUGAGAAAGGUCGCUGGCUUUAUGCAAGCGGACAUCGCCCCUCUGCUGAUAUUGAUAUGGGUGGCUGGGUGACUAGCGACAACUAUGAUAUCACCUCCGAGCUUCCUUUUGGAUUUCAAUGGUGCCCCUUUAGUGGAUUCACCCAGCUAGCAUCUGUGUUUGAGUAA